AUUGAAUAUGGAGAAAGCUUAUUUCCUCUUCCUUGCAGCCUUGGUCGCAAGCCUAGGUACAGCUUCCUCAAGUACCACUAACGUUGUUGCCCAUAACAACACCAGUGAUCAUGAUCUAGGCGCUCUUCUUGCCUUCAGGGCUGCCAUUUCCGACCCCCAAAAUAUCCUUCCAGUCAAUUGGUCCACUUCUACCUCUGUUUGUAACUGGAUAGGAAUCACUUGUAACAGACGCCAUCGAAGAGUCGCCGCCAUACAGCUUCCCAAAUUGGGCUUAUUUGGAACCAUUCCUCCACAGUUGGGGAAUCUCUCCUUCUUAGUCUGGCUGGAUCUUGAAAACAAUAGCUUCCAUGGAAAUCUUCCAACUCAGAUGGUUCAUUUGCGUCGACUCAAGCACAUCAACUUUGCAUUCAAUAGCUUUGAUGGUGAAUUUCCAUCAUGGUUGGGAGCUUUAUAUCGACUUCGUUAUCUUUCGUUCCAUAGUAACAGAAUUUCUGGUUCAUUGCCAACAACGCUCUCUAAUGCAACGAUGUUAGAGACCAUCAGGUUAGGUACGAACCUCAUGACUGGAAAUCUGCCUCAAGACUGGAGCGCUUUACAGAACUUGGAGUUCCUUGACAUGGGAAAUAACAAACUUGAAGGCCCUUUGCCUCGGUCUUUAUUUAACCUUUCGUCAUUGCAGCACUUUAGUUUUUCGAAUAAUACCUUAUCUGGUUACCUUCCGGUACGUAUCUGCCAUCAUCUGCCACAACUCCAAGGGCUUUAUUUGUCAUAUAACGAGUUUAGCGGCGCAGUCCCUGCUGGUAUUGGAGGUUGUCCGAGGCUUCAAAUCUUGUCCUUGUCAUACAAUAAUCUGGCAGGAAAUAUUCCACGAGAAAUUUGGAAUCUAACUGCGCUUAGGAACCUAUAUCUAGGUGCAAACGAUAUUCAAGGUCAAAUCCCAGCAGAUAUCGGCAAUCACACUAAUUUGCAGCAAUUAGGCAUACAGUUUGCUAACCUGACAGAAACUACAUCUCUCCGUGCAGAAGCUUGGGCUCUCCUUAUCGGUCUUCAAACGUGUAAACAUAGGGGAUUCGAAAAUAUAAGUGUGCAAUCAGAUUCGCUACUCUUAGUUGGGAUCAUUCAACGAAGCACUCAAUGUCCGUGGCAGAUUCGAAGGGAGAUCAGGCAGAUUUGGAAGCUCCUGCAGGAACCUAUUCAUUUUUCACACUGCUAUCGAGAGGCUAACACAGUUGCUGAUGCGUUGUCUAAUGUGGGCGUUUCCCACCCACAUCAAAAGGUCAAGGUGUUAUACCUCGUGGGAUUGGUCACCUUUAUAAAUUGGAGAUACUAAGCUUGGGAAUGAAUUGGUUAAGAGAUCCCGUCCCACAAGAGCUAUUCAACAUUUCAACUCUUAGAGUACUGUCCAUAGAUGGCAAUGAUUUUUCGGGCAUUCUUCCUUCGACUUUAGAUGUUACUUUACCCAAUCUUGAGGUGCUUUAUCUUGGGGGCAACAAAUUUACUGGAAUUAUAUUGCCAACUCUCUCCAAUGCGUCUAAAUUGACACAUCUAGAUUUGGAAGAUAAUAAAUUUAUUGGUGCAAUUCCUGAUUCUCUUGGUAACCUAAGAUUCCUAGAACGCUUAGCUCUUUCAAGCAACAAUUUUACUCUAACUGGAGAUAUGACCUUCUUCAAUUCUAUAGGAAAUUGCAGAUAUUUGAGAAUAUUGUGGCUAGAUGAAAAUCCACUGAAUGGCAAUCUUCCAGAGUAUAUUGGAAAUCUUUCCAACUCUCUUGACUCAAUUAAUAUGUCUCAUUGUGGACUUGGAGGUGAAAUUCCAAGGUCACUAGGCAACUUGAGCAACUUGGAGUUCCUAGAUUU